AUGGAGAGUAGAGGGCUUCCAAUGGAGAAUAUGAAGUUAGGGAGAGGGCUUCCACAGCAUAUUGUUCGUGAAAUCUUGCGUUGGGUUGUCAUCUCCAAUUUCCCGAACUUGAGGGUUGUCUCUAAAACUUGGAAUCUUUUUAUUUUAGAUUACGCUCAUGAAUUCUCUUCUACAAACGCAAAUGCUUUUCUUCUCUCCACAUGUGAUAGAACUCCCAAUAACAAGGAUCUUAAUCAUAAGAUGCAUUGUAUCCGUUUUGAUACUACCGCACAUUUGGAUUUUGAUUUGGAAUCGGAAUGGACUACUAAAUCACCCUCGUUAAGCUUUGAUGGUGAUUGGCCUUUUAUCUCUCUGGUGGAUAACUCAUGCAAUGGUCUUGUCUUUAUUUGUAAGUGUGCAUUUUUUACUCGUUGUGAUGGCAUAUUCAAUCCUAUGACUAAUGAGUUCUUCCAAAUUCCUCGAGGUGAAUUAGAUGGUGAUAUUUACUCCUACGAAUUAGGUUUUAGCCCUACAACAAAGCAAUACAAAUUGUUUCGAGUUACCGACUCAUUCUUUCUUGAUGGCGACGCUGACAAUAACUCUUCGAUAAUGGAUGUUUUGACAUUCACCAGAAGAAGUGAAACUAAUCAUAACCAUAGCCAAUGGAGGCGACUUCAUUCUCUCCCUCUUCGCAUUCACAAUGGUGCUUACUUGAAUGGUGUCAUCUAUUGGAUAGGAACAAAAGAAGAUAAAGAAAAUGAAUAUAUCAUAUAUGCUGUCAAUGUUGAAACCGAACUAAUUGAAUUGAGUUUCAUCUUGGAUCUUGGUUCUUGCUCCACCUCUAGUCAUGCAUCCUUGAAGCAAUUUAACAGCAGCGUUUAUGCAACUUUUUUCAUCAACCCAAAGACUUAUAACUCCUCCAUUCAAGUGUGGAGGAUGCAAGAGAAAGAUUUGUGGAUUAGAGAAUUUGUUAUUGUUGACAUACCAAUUAAUUGGAGUUCCCUUACCCUCAUCAAAGCCUUUGAGGAUGGAGAGAUAUUGUGUAUGAUUAAUCUUGAUUUUUUUUGCUGGUAUAAUUCUUUCACAGGGAGGAAGAAGAUUGUAACUAAGAAUCAAAAGAAGGAUAGACGUGUGUGUCAAAUAGAAUAUUUGAAUUUUGGUUUGCUCCAAAACAUUUUGGCAGGAGAAGAGACAUAA